AUGUUGGGCAGACCUCGAUACCGAUCUGGCCGGGUGAUAUGGCUCGGGGCGGUCUUUCUACUAUGCCAAUCCAUCGACGCGCUUUUUGAAGAGCCGCGACCUCUCACUGUAUGGGAAGAUCCAGUUCCAGCUCCCGAUUCGCCUAAGCCUUUGACUUGGAGCGAUAAAAGCUUUGGACAAUGGUGCCGAAACUUUACUUCGGAGGAGUAAGUACUUUUUGAAACCAAACCUUGAUGUGGAAUCUGUUUAUUACACUCCAUUAUUGUUAUUAUAUAUUCGUGGGCGGUUUUUUUUUGAAUUCUAAGCAUUUCCUGGGAUAAUUUUAUUACAGAAGUUGGAUUAAUUGAAUUACUUUUAAUGCAACACAAUUGUCCAUAUUUAUUUAUAAUUGGAUAAGUCUUAGCCCUCCACAUGACUUUUAACGAACUGCAAUUAUAUCUUUCCAUGAACUGUAAGGAAAUCUCCUUAAUUCGAUAAUUCGCAGAGUCUGCCUUACUAAUCCAAGAUGGGGAUCCCCAUGCAGAGAGAUUUCGUGGAUUUAUUCAUUGAUGACACAUUUAGGACCUUCUUAGCCCUUUCAGUGACGCAAUGUCACCUGCAACUCUCUCUUUAAAUAACCUUUUCCUUUUCAGGCAUUUCCAAUGCCCUCAAGGCUCUCCUUUCCAUUGGUAUUACUGUUGUGGGCCUUCGAUGACGCAGUGUUGUGCAGCUCCGCAGACAUGGACGAUUGUUGUUUUCGGCUCUUUGUUUAUAGUGAGUCAUUAUUUCCGAUUUUUUGUUAUGUAAUCUCAUCAAAGUUUACCUUUUCUUUUAUUUACUGUUAGAAACUUUUGGGAACCAAAUAAUUUUUAAUUACACUUCUGCUCCAGAUGACUGCCUUCCUUGUCGUUCUAUCAAUUCUUGCUCAUCUUGACUUGAUCUGGUCCAACGAGAAACCUCAAAAGAUCUCAAUCCUCAACUAUAACCCGGUAAAAUCUUCUGCCAUCAUCUGA